AUCUUGGUCCUUGGCUGUGGCCUUUCCCCACUGCUCUUCGCCCUUGCCGACCGCCUCCAGGCGCGCUGCGGCUGCCUCGAGCUCUCCCCCACGCUGGCCGAGAGUUUGGAGGCCAUGUCCCUUCGUGUACCGCGACCUCCGGCCUUCAUUGCAGUUUCGGAUGUGACGACCCUGGCGCGACGCCGCCGUGGGGCCGGAGCUAAGGGCGAGGGGGACUUACGCCGAUCAUCCUUCGACAUUAUCGUGGAC